UAUCACUUCAGUCGAGUUCGGUUGAGUUCAGUCCAGUUCAGUCCUCCCUCUAACAGCCCAACCUCGUAAAAACAAUGUUGACAAGAAAAUUGACGUGUGGAACAUUUUUAACAGUCAUCGUAGUGCUAGUGGCUAUUUACUUCAGAAGUCAGGAUGAGGAGCUCCGGAAUAGGUUGAGAGCAGUCCUCCAUGGGCUUGAAAAACUCGAGACGAAGCAUGGAAUGUCAGCGAGACCGAGGGUUGCCAUAGGUUACGGCGCCUGCACUGAUAUAUUCAUUGACACCAAGUAUUUACUCCAUUAUUCCCCAAAAGUUGGGGAACCAAAGCAUUUCGAUGAGAUUAGUAAUGAGGAGGAGUUACUCAAGAGCUUUGCGUAUUACUUUAGACAUGGCGCUGCUGCCGAACGCUACAUGACCGAUGCGAAUUUAUUCGACAAGCUGGUGGAAAGGGCCAAGUCAUUUCCGUCCUCAUACUCCGCCAUCGGUGGUAAUGCCCCGGUGAUGGCGAUGAGGUUCAGCAAAGAGGGCUGUGACGUUCUAUUAGCCGCUAAAAUGACCCGAUCCCUAAAGCUGAUGAUUCCCGAGGGAAUCGAGGUCGUUGGGGGUGAGGUAGAGCGCGAUGACGUGCAUUUAAUUCUUGAGUACAAGUAUGGGGAGGUCUGGGGACCUUUCACGAGCUCACGGGCCAAUAGGUACAUUCUGCAUAAUGACGCGAAUAAUCCUAUGAUCAGUUCCCUCGAGGAUUUCGAUGAACUUUUGCCGGAGUUCCGACCGGAUCUGUUCGUUGUCAGUGGACUGCAGAUGAUGGAUAAUUAUUCGUUUGAAAAGGGCGUUCGUUCUCAAAGACUGAAUAAAAUAAAACACCAAAUGAUAAAGCAACUUCCAUCCACAAAAAUACACUUCGAGAUGGCCUCAUUCGUGGAGAAGAGUUUGAUGGUAGAACUACAGGACAUGGUGAUUCCGUACGCCGAUAGUUUAGGAAUGAAUGAGCAAGAGGUUGCCAAUUUGUACAAUUCCAUGUUUUAUGGAAAUGUUUCACUCGUGGCUGACUCGACUCCCCGGGUUGCCACCAUCCUCGAUUACAUGAGGGUUUUGUUUAAAUUAAUAAGGCAGAGGGGAGAGGGGAUUGCAAAUGCCAGAGAGCUGACUAGGAUUCAUGUGCACACGUUGGCUUAUCAGGCUAUUCUGACGGUUAAGAACUCAGCCUGGAAGAAUACUAUGGCUGCUGCUGCUAAGGCUUCUCUCGUGGCUCAUCGUCACGUGUGCGGGACUAGUACUAUUGACGUCGCCAAAGCGACUCUGAUAAUGGACGACAGUUUCUCCACCUCGAAAGUAUCUGGCACUAGAAUACCAAUGAACACCGAGAAACCAGUUUCCUGCUGGGACGAAGUCAUAAAAAUGAGCAAUCGUGAUAUUGCAGUUGAAGUGUGCGUAGCACCGGUUCUAGUAUGUACCGAGGCUAGUCAGACCGCUGGGGGUGGCGACAACAUCUCCAGCGCUGGACUGGUUCUGCAGAUUUGAAGUUGAAUAUUCUCGAGAGAGAGAGAGAGCGAGAGCAAAAGCCAGAGAAGAACCAUGAAUUUCUAUAUCUAUCGUUAUACGUCAAUUUUAAUAAUCUCCCGUGUUGUGUUAAGUUUGGUGAACGUUGUUAUUUCCAAUUGUAAUAUUAAUCUUGCAUUCCUACAUUACCAAAAUCUUACGAAAGAAUUGAGUAGUGGAUCAUUCCAAUGUAUGAAUUUACAUUUCGAUUUUUAAAAGAGAAUUGGUUCUGAAAAAUUCAAUUCCAUCUUGUUAAGUAGUAGGUUUUACCAGUUUGGAGAAGUGUGUUUGUGCCAUAGAGUUCGUAUUCUCAUGAUAUUUAUGGGAAAUUUUUUAUCGAGCGCUGGAUUAAUCGAAGAUCAAACGAACUUUCAUUGUGAUAUAAAAUAAGGAACCAAAUUCAAUUGAACGAAUAACUGCUGCACAAUUAUGUGGCAAUGCUGCCUAAAAACACUGCAAUAUAGAUGAUAAAUGAGGCAUUCCGGUAUUACACUCCUGUUUUAAUUUUUCAUGUUGAAUUUUUGUCUUGCAUGACAUUUUUUCAUUAUCGCAAAUGGCGAUAGAAUGAGAAACACUGGAUACGUUCUCGUUUUACUUCGAAAGGUAAAGAAUACACGACAAUUUGUUGUCAUUAUUUUCCGGAGUAAAAAGAAAAAAUUGCAAAACCCAAUUUUAAAGGGAAAUUCAUGCUUUUAAUACAAUGACCUAAUCAAAGAAACGAACUUGCCUAGAAAUUAACGAAUGCAGUAUAUCAACAUUUUAUAAAACGAUCGAACCGAGAGAAAUGGACCGUCAAUAAAGCAGUAUACAACAGC